AUGUCAUUGUCAAAAAUGGCCGAGAGGACGGAUCACGUGCAUCGGCUGGACGGUGAGGAGCAGGCGGUGGAGGCACUGCUGAGCAACGUGCAUCCCGUGCAGCUCCGGCGGCCGUUACGGCCGUUCGUGGUGCUGACGCUUGACACGAUGGACUUUGCUUGCUGGCUCUUUGGCGUGGAUGCAGCGGAUCCGAAGCUGCCGGCUAGCCUGACCAGAGGAGCUGGCGAGGAGGAGGAGGGGGAUGACAGCAGCGCGUUGUCCAUCCCGCGGAGCGUCUCGUGCUUGCUGGGCGAGUUCGGCUGCGAUCACCUGAUAACCUUUGGGAUCCUGCUCUUGGGCGGUGCAGCCACCGCUGCAACGGGCGGGACCACACUGGCGCUAGCGUCGAUGGGAGCCUCGAUUCCGGCCUGGAUGCAGAACGUGCCUGUCUUCAGUAACUUGUUGGCUGGCGGCACUCUCGCCUGCUACGGGUUGCGCUGGCUCACCGAGGAACGCUUGGGAGACUCCCCGCGAUGGUUCAUCAGGCUGUGCAGCGCCAACUUGCUGCUCGCGGGCUUGAUCCACCUCGGGAUGAGUGCAGUUUUAUAUGGCGGCAUCGGGUCUUGGCAUAUUCCUGCCGAGAUCAUGUUGCUCAUCAAAUCGCAUGCUGGUGUGCAGCUUUUUGCUCCUUACUACGCCAUUCAGAUAGUGACCCUGCCUUUGGCUGUGACCUGCAUGACCAGCUAUGCCAGAUACGACGCGUACAAUCAUCUCAUUCCUCUGCUUUAUGCGGGAAUGGCCACAUACUGCUUUGCGACCCCAUACGACCUGGCAGCAUGGGCGGGGUCCUUCGCACUGGCAGUGUGUUGGAUAUAUACCGACGCCAAGGAGCUACGUCAGGCCGAAACGGCAACGCUGCGAGCCUGGUAUCAGACCAUGGACAGGCAAUCCGACGUGGUACAAGUUGGCGGCAAGUGCUUCGACGCCUACAUGCUCUGCAUGGUCGGGAUCCAGUUGGUUAUCAUCCGCGGCGGCGUCGUCUUGCCGGUAGAGCCGUGCCAUGCGGUGUGCCAUGCGGCUUGUGCACUGACCACUGUAGUCGGCCUGGUUAGUACGACACGCCCGUUGUUGAGGAACUCGCACAAGCUCAAGGAGAUCCUUGCAAUCCAGCGCAGAACCACUCGCCAGACCGUCAUGCUUGCCGACGAGGAACAGCAGCAGCUUCUCCGCGAUCCGCAGCUCGCUGGAUGA